UUCUAUUAUUAUUUCUAUACCGUCCAGAACAGGAGAACUCCAGCGGAGAUUCCAACACACACAAAUACCACGCCGGAAUCUGACUCAAUUACUUUUCUACAGAAUUCUUAAUCUUAAUUAUUUGCCGGGAAAUGACGUCGUACCACGCAUCCGAGGUGGACUCUGUGGCGUCCUCGCCUCGCUCGGAACAGUCGCUUGAUCAUCAUACACGUGCACGGUUCAUGUGCAGUUUCGGUGGCAAGAUCUUGCCCCGGCCCCACGACAACCAGCUCCGCUACGUUGGCGGCGACACACGCAUAGUCGCCGUGCACCGCUCCACCAACUUCUCAACCCUUCUCGCCAAGCUCUCCAAGCUCUCAGGUCCGAGCAAUGUAACGGUCAAGUACCAGCUUCCGAACGAAGAUCUCGACGCUUUGAUUUCCGUGACGACGGACGAGGACGUGGAGAACAUGAUGGAAGAAUACGACCGCUUGGCACUGAGUCAGAACCCGAGGUUGGCUCGGCUUCGGCUCUUUCUCUUUCCGAAAGGCGAAGACUCCAGAACCAGCAGUAUCAGCUCGCUCCUCGGUGGCUCGGCUAACCGUGACCACUGGUUCCUUGAUGCUCUCAACGCCGGCGGAUCGGGGCUCGAGCGCGGCCGGUCCGAAGCCUCCUCGAUUCUCUCCGAGUUACCCGACUAUCUCUUCGGGCUGGAUAAUUCGGACGACCUGAAAACGAAGACACGGAGCCUGCUAGCCGAGAAUGUGUCGAAUUCUGAUCCGGGUUCUCCUGCUCCUGCUUUUUCUUCGCCGUUUUGCUCAUCUUCAUCGGCUUCAUGUGUACCGCCGAUACCGAAUCUUCCGCCUGUAAAGACCAAGCCCGAUAACCCGGAUCCGGUGGUGCAAGCAAAGGAGAAUCAAAUAGAGGGAUUAGCAGAGACAGGUGGCCAGCCCAUAUCGCAACUAACUGGGUACCCGGGAAACCCGGUACUGCAGUACAUCCAGGAUUCUCCUUAUCAGGGUCAUGCCGUACAGCCAAUACAGGUUUACUACGUUCCGGGUCCUGUCCCUCCCGGGAAUGUUCCGGUUCAAACCGUGGCUAUUCCGACCCCAUAUUCUCAGCAAUACCAAGCAGUUCAGGGUCAAGUACCACUCGGUUACCACCAUGCAGUACCGGGAGUGGGUCCACUAUAUGGAGGAGGGAUGAGACCAGGUGUGGCUCAGCCAGUACCGUAUGAAGUGCAGGCAAGAGUGGUUCCAGAUGGGGUGAAUCAACAAGUGUUCUACGGGGUUAGAAACCCGGGCAUGGUUCCGGUUUAUCCGAGUAUGGCUAUGCCGGGUGGGGAAGAUUCGCUAGGCAUGGGAUCGGAUACGGGUCGGGCUUCCCAAUAGUCUUUGACCAUGAGCCGGGGUCCAAUGUAUGUAUGUAGGGAAAUGAAAAAUAUACAACCCCAUCACAACUUUGGUAGAACCCCAACUCACAAUGAGGUGGAGUCUACAUGUAUGAGCUCCACCUCAUUGUGAGUGGGUUGUGCCAAAGUUGUACAAAGGGGUUGUAGUCCAAUCAUCUCCCAUGUAUGUAAUGUUUAGUAAAUUUUAAUUUUGUUAUACGCUUGUGAGGUUUGUGUUUUGUGUUGACGAGUGAUUAUUGGCAUGUAAGUUGUAACUGCUACCUCCAUCUAUAUGUUUUCCUUUUUUAA